AUGAGGUCGUCAACAAAGAAGACAGUUUUCAAGGAGUUUUUAAACAAACGGACAACAUCUUCAAUCUGGGAACAUUUUCUAAGGGCCGAUAAUGGACAAAACGUCGAGUGUAAACACAAAAAAAAAGUUUUAAAAACGCCUGGUGGUGCAACUAGAGCAUUACAUACUCACUUGCGGGCCAAACAUAUCACUGAAGUGCCACGAGCGAGUACUUCAACAUCAGAGUCUGAUAGUGCUCAAAUUCAAGAAAAAAGGAAGGGCGCCCCGGCCCCACAUGAAGAACCCAAAAAGAAAACUAAACUCACGGAUUAUUAUGUAAGCGACUCUUCCAUGGAGUUAAGAUUGACUAGAAUGGCAGCAUCGGAUGGUAUCCCGUUGAGCAAAUUUUAUACUUCUGAAGACCUAAGGCAUGUUUUCAAAAAAUCCGGCUAUGAUCUACCGAAAUCGCCAACAACUAUAACCAGGAUAGUUUUAGAGCUACGUGAUAAUACAAAAAACGCACUGAUACGUCUUUUAUUAGAUUUACAAUGA